CAACACUGGUACAUCACCAUUCUGUCGAAGUUUUGUCGAGAUUUUGUUGAGGCAAUUCUAUCUUUACGGUUUUUUUCGGUAUUUUCAUGAAAAUAUGGCAGACAGUGCCGAGAUCGGAUUUGCUGGGGACGUCGUCCAAGUUUGCAUUUCAGCAUCUUCAAAACUACUAAAAGAAGCCAGACAACACGAUGCCGGAAAGUUGAUUGAAAAGCAACUGCAAGAUGAUGUUGACAGGCUCCGCUUGUGGGCUGACGGCUUCGAGAUAAAGGCGGGAGAACUAGACAUAUUACUUGAGAAAGAUGAUCAGAUGAAGACCGCAGUAAUAGCUAAUCUGGGUUCUGUGGCCAGCCUUUUGUCUAAGGAUUCCUCCAGGACAAGGAUUUGAGCAUACGUUUGCGAACGUUGGUUGAAAAGGCCAUCUUGAUCGAGCCCCGAACAGAGCACCUGUUCGACUACAGCUCCGAUGAAGAAGAGCAAGGCCCAGAAAGAGUGCCUGGUGAUC